AUGAAUCAGGUGUGGCUCUUCUUCAAGCUGCUGGAGAUUCUUGCGGGCAGCGCCUGCACCUACGUACACCGCAUGGGCACGCUCCAGGAGGAGCCGAUCAGCCACAACAUUUUCUUCUGCGGCACCUUCGUGGGCUUCGUGCUGCUGCAGGCGAUUACCUGCGCUCGCCUGAUGAUGGGAUUGCGCACGCUGCUGCGCCCGCUGCUCUUCAUCAGCGCCCUGGGCUUCUGCAUGCACGUCUUGUGCGCCCUGGUGUCCAUGAGAUUCGCCGAGAAAGACUUUCACCUGCAGUUCAUGAGCGACGUGGGCGAGAACUCCCACAAUUACUUCAGGGAGUGCCGACUGCAGAGCAUCAUCUCCAUGGUGACCGCCGGCAUCUAUCUGAUUGAGGGCGUGCUGGUGCUGGAUAUCAUCGUGAAGAUACCGCAGGCGGAUCAGUUCCGGAUGGAGGUGGUCACCGAGCCACCGCCGCACGACGACGACUGGCAGAAGCUGAACAACGACGAGCGCGACACCUGGGCCAGAAUAUCAGCCGACGUGUUCCUGCUGGGCAAGGACUUCGACUACUGGCUGCGCGUCAAGUCCAAGUGGUUCCGCCAGCUGGCCGGCAAUCAGCAGAUAAUUGUGGUGCCCGAUGUGCGCUCGCACUCUGAAACUUCCGAGACUGCACUCAGCAUAAUUAGUAUGACUGACAUGUGAGGACACGACU